AUCCUCAUCUUUCUCUCUCUCUUUUGUUUCACCAUCUUCAUGUCCACUCACAUUCCAAGAAUGGACUGUGAAGAUCAAGAAACCCCAAUUUUUCAUUCUUAUCCUUGUGCUUAUUACGUUCAAAGCCCCUCCACUAUCUCCCAUGCAAACAGCUCCGACAUUCGCGGCCACACCGCCAUUGAAUCAGCUAUCUAUUCCCCAACUCGCUCCGAAACAAACACCACCACCGCCACUACCACAACGUUUCUCAACAAGAACAACCUUGAAGUCUCGAGAUUCACUCUCUCUCGUUACUCCUCCUCUCGUGGAUCCAACAACUCUUUCUUGCAUGAUCAGAAGAAGGCUAUAGCUGAUGAUCAUGACGGGCCUACUGACAUUGAUCAUGAGAGCACUGGCCAGAACCGUCAGAUUAUCGUUGAUCAUCAUCAUGGUAAUGGUGAUGAUGAAGAAGAUGAGGAUUGGCAUUAUGGAAGCAAUUAUAAGAAAGGGAUAUGGUGGAGGUAUUUUUCUUUUAGAAGGUCUAAUUCUUGUGCAUGGAUUUCUUUGCAAAUAAGUUGGAGACUUCUAUUCAGUUUGGGAAUUGCAUUGCUUGUAUUUUAUAUUUCUACAAAGCCUCCAACCCCUAAGAUAUCUAUCAAGAAGGCAGAAAUUCACGAAUUUGGACUAGGCGAAGGAGUGGACGGCACCGGUGUCACAACUAAGAUUCUCACUUGCAAUUGCUCCAUUGAUCUACUUAUAGACAACAAAUCUAAGCUCUUUGGCCUCCACAUUCACCCCCCAACCAUGGAAAUGUCCUUUGGCCGUCUCCCUUUUGCAUCAUCACAUGUAAAAAUACCUAAAAUUCAAUACAGUUUGUAAUAAUCGAAACAAGAGAUAACGUUAUUCUAAUAAGUAACAUAACAUAAUGAGUUUAUAUGCAUGCAGGGCCCAAAACUAUAUGCGGCAGGCCAUGGGUCGACAUUGUUCGACUUAUAUAUAGGAACAAGAAACAAGCCCAUGUAUGGUGCCGGGAGGACCAUGGAGGACAUGCUAGAGUCAGGAAGGGGAUUGCCUUUGAUUAUGCGUUUGAGGUUGAGGUCAAAUUACCGGGUUGUUUGGGACCUUAUAAAGCCCAAGUUCUACCACGAAGUCCAAUGUUUAUUGGUUCUCAAUGCCAAAUAUGACAAGAAACAUCGAACCCAAACAUUUAAUAGCACUUGUUCUAUAAAAACUUUUAAUUAAACAUUAAUGCAAUUGUCUCCCGGACUUCUCAAACGUGUCCUGGAUUUUGAUGUUUAUAUAUAUUUGUUGCCUAAGCCAUUGCAUGUAUUGGCAUAUAUAAUGUUAUUACAAAUGCAGAA